AUUUCCGCAGGUUCCAGUGCUGGAGCAGGCAGCGGUGAAUUUCAUGUGUAUAGACAUCUGCGCCGUCGGGAAUAUCAGAGACAAGACUUCCUGGAACGAAUUUCUGAAAAGCAAAAGCUGGAUGAAAAAUAUAUUGAGAAGGUGAACGAAAACCAAAAGGCUGCUGAGGAAAGAACGGCCAAACGCAGAAAAAAGAGGGAAAAGUUGAAACAAAAGAUGUUGGCCAAGAAAGCCAAGAUGGAGAGCCAGAAAGAAGGCUCAGAGGAGAAGUCAUCAUCCUCUGCUUCUGAAGCAGAAGAGCGAGAAGAUGAUGCAGAAGUGCCCAGCUUCAUCAUGGGGAAGAGGUGACUGGAUGAAAGGAUGGACGUAUCCAGCAGAUACUACCUUACAAUGGCAGAAACGCCUCCAGCAGUGAAUAUUUUCUGAGCUGUGUGCUGAAAACACUUGAAGUCAGUUUGAAAUCAGUGUUUCAGGAGCGCACUCAUAAUUUGUGCUCGAGUCAGAUGUUCAGCACUUGAGCUGGACAUUUGAAAAGCUGGAUGUUUUUCUUCGCUGGAGUGUUGAUAAAAUAAUGUGACCAGGAUCAACUUUUGUUCAGUUGUACAUGUUUUUUUUUUUUUUUAAAUAAACAGCAAGGGAAAC